UUGAUCAUUCAUCAUGUCUCUUCCUCCAAACCCAACAUUCAAAUUCUUGUCUGUAUAAACAACAAAUCCAAACACCUUCUCUGCAUUUGCAUUGCAUAGAUUCCUUCACAAAUCCUCUGAUUCUUGAUUCAGUUCACUCCAUUUUGCUUGCAUCUUCGCAUAAAUCAAGCUUCCAGAUUAGUUGGGGUGGGUUCAUGGCGUUGGCGUUGCAGACGAGCCAAGUUCAAAUCUGUUUCCGAUAAUAAGAAGUGUUAUGAUUACGUAUUUUUUCGAAAGACUCGUGUUAGAAAGAGCACUGGAAAUGAUGAAUUUAGUUUCUCUCUGUGACAUAACUCAUGGACUUGUGCCCAAAAAGUCAACUGAUUUGUUUGUGAAACCGAGGUUCACAAGCAGAGGAUAUGGAAUCACAAGAUUACCGUUGUUGGAGUUAAAUUCACGGGAGAAUCUGAAUGCUAAAAGGAUACGAAACCUUAGAGCUGGACCAAUCUUUUGUAAGAGUUAUGGAGAUGCAGCAAUAGUGUAUCAAGAAGAGGAAAUCCCCAAAGCAAAAUUGAUAUGGAGAGCAAUCAAACUACCCAUUUACUCUGUCGCUUUAGUUCCUCUUACGGUUGGCGCUUCAGCGGCCUAUAUAGAGACGGGUUUGUUUCUCGCUAGACGUUAUGCUACACUUAUGCUCUCAUCAAUUCUUAUCAUUACUUGGCUCAACUUAAGCAAUGAUGUUUAUGAUUUUGAUACCGGAGCUGAUAAGAACAAAAAGGAAUCAGUAGUGAAUCUGCUUGGAAGUCGGGCAGGAACCUUAGCCGCUGCAAUUACAUCACUUAUGCUUGGUGUUGCUGGUCUUGUUUGGACAUCUUUGAAUGCAAGUAAUAUCCGUGCAAUACUAUUACUGGCCUCGGCAAUACUCUGUGGCUAUGUAUACCAGUGUCCGCCAUUUCGGUUAAGUUACCAAGGAUUAGGAGAGCCUCUAUGCUUUGCAGCAUUUGGUCCAUUUGCUACUACUGCUUUUUAUCUACUUCUUGGUAGCUCAAGCGAGAUGAGGCACCUUCCGUUAAGCGGUAGGGUCCUUUCAUCAUCUCUCCUUGUUGGAUUUACUACAUCUCUCAUCCUUUUCUGCAGCCACUUUCAUCAGGUGGAUGGAGAUUUAGCUGUGGGGAAAUACUCACCUCUGGUUCGGUUAGGGACUGAAAAGGGAGCUCUUUUUGUGAGAUGGGCCAUUCGUUUGCUAUAUUCAAUGCUUCUUGUUCUUGGUUUAACAAAGAUUUUGCCACUACCUUGCGCAUUGAUGUGUUUCCUGACAUUACCAGUUGGGAAUUUGGUUUCAAGCUAUGUCGAAAAGCACCACAAGGAAAAUGAGAAGAUAUUCAUGGCCAAGUAUUAUUGUGUGAGACUCCAUGCAUUGUUUGGCACCGCAUUGUCGUUAGGACUCGUUAUCGCUGGCUAGAUUACAUUUACCAAACAUUUGUUUUUCUCUUUGGCCUUGUGAUGUCUCUUUUUAUCUGAAAAAAAAAAAACAAACGAAUUACCAAACAUUCGAACUUAGAACAGUUGCUAAAGGACUCAAAUCACAAGCAUGGUGAGUGAUUCUAUCUUCUGUAGAUUGAAUUUUUAGGCUGCAGUGAAGUAUAACUUCAUGGAUAGGUUGAA